GUCAGAAAAGUCUUUGAAGUUUACCAAAAGCGGGCGGUGAAGUUUGUAUUGCUUACUUUGGCCAGGUGUCCAUGUUACUGGCAGAUGCCUUGCAUGUCCAACACAAUUGGCUCCUGCAGCGGAGUAUCCUGAUCAUAAGUUGACACUGAGGCUAUGGCGUAUCCGCUACCUAUAUCAGCAUUCUGGUGCUGGCCCAAAGACAAAGAUUGCAUACCACGGUUUCAGCCGCAGCAGUGCCAUCCUUGUAAUGGCCAUCCAUUCCCAAGAUACCCAGACAUGUUGGGAUACUUUCUUCGAAGGGAAAUGAUCCUAAAUAUAACAUGCUUUAAAUUGUCAACUAGCCAACGAUCAGACAAAAAGUAAUGUCGCAAGGAACUGAACCGGACAAAGCUCCGGACUUAAAGCCGCGGGCUCAGCCAACCACUGGUAGUUUUCUUUGCCUGCACACUUCGCCGCCGUUGCACAUAGCCCUGCAUGGAAUGUCGGCCCUGAUCAACUCCCGUUUGUCCAAGACGGCCUUCGAUUUGUGCCUAGAGCUCCUGGAGGCCGGGGUCAAUGCACAGGCACUGGCCCAGGUGGUGCUCCACGUGCUGGACGUCAAGAGCAAAACACACAACGAUUAGUCUUAUCACACCCGACCUGCUUAACCCUCAACCCUCAACCCUGGACGUGAUCACCACUAAGAAAUCCCUUCGGCCUUUCGAUAAGCAAUAUCAGUUAUAAUUGGCACCGACUAUUAGCACUAUCAUAAACCGUUGAUAAUUGGGCAGCUAAAUAUUUUUUUUACCGGGUUGCGUCUAUAAGUAGUGUUGCCACAGGUACAAGUGUGUAUUACCUAGCUAAGGUACGGAAUAAACAAAUAUACAUAUAAAAUAAAAAAUAAAAACUAAGGAAAAAUUAUGUGGACAUAUAUAUAAGAAAAAACAAGAUUAUAAUAGUGUGAUUCAAAUUUUAUAUAGCUUAUAAUUUUUAAUGACUAAAGCUUCUAAGAGGCUCGUCGCAUAUUCUUAUCCAAACAAAGAGCACGUUCUGGACAUCCUCGGGUGUCAAACCCUUGUCACUUGGCCUUGUAUGUGCGAUGCGCCCACAGACGAUGGGCCCCGGCAGUAACUCCCAGUAUUCCAAUGACGUACAAAAGGCCAGCUUCGCAGAUCAAAAGAACCAAUUAGAACGAAAAUUGUGCAAAAAUGGAAACAACAUUUGCUGACCGAACAGUGUGGUGGCGAAAUUCGCCUGUGUGAAUAUUAAGUAAAGGCCAUAUAAGGCAGCCAGGUGCACAUAGGCGAAAAGGAUUAUUUUGCGCCAGACCCAGUCUAGCUUCCGAUUCUCGGCCCGCUUCAAUUUAAACCUCUCGAUGACCAGGUCUCCGUCAACAGUUUUUGCAUCGUCCUCGAAAAGAACGCCUGUCUGCCUGGACGAUUCGUCAUCGGUGCUAAUCCUGAAAUGUGGUACCAUGCCACUGUCUUCACUGCACACUUAUUUAUUAACACCUCCUUAUCGAUUCCUUAAGCAAAUAUGCAAGGCCUUGAAAUCACUCUAACCGAAUUUGCAACAAUCGUCUUUGUUAUUUCUCAAAAGUUCUUUUAAUGUGGCGGUUGCCACUAGCUUUGUGAUUUUGGCACGUCCGAUCACUGCAGUGACUGUUUUAAAAAUGCUAUUAAAACUAUAAAAACUUUACUUCAUAAAACAAUUGAAUUUUUUUUAUUAACCCUAAAUGAUUUUGUAAUUAUGCAAUUGAUAUGCGACAUACCAUUUACAUUUUCUUCAUUGUAAAUCGCAGCAUCAACCUUGCUUUACUUAUACUUCAUAAAUCCUCAGUACCUUAUAGGGUCGGAUAUGUCUUCUUUACUGCAUUACAAAUUCGAAUAACCUCUGCAAGGGUCUAAAACAUAUACCAACUACAAUUUGUAUUGACCCCAAAAACAAUAUGUGACUAGUCAGGUGUUUUAACAUAUUUAUAUCUGACGUUAAAGAUUAAAACAAUUUACGCUCAAA